AUGAUGAAGAAGAUUGACCUUCUUGAAGCGGCAAAACGGAAGUUUUUGGGAGAAGGUUUGGGGUCUUGCUCCAUUGAGGAAUUGGAACGGAUAGAACAACAGUUGGAGAGGAGUUUAAGUAAUGUUCGAGCAAGAAAGCUCCAGGUUUUCAAAGAACAAAUUGAGCAACUAAAGGAAAAGGAAAAAGUCCUACUAGAUGAAAAUACCAGGCUCACUGAAAAUGCAAAGCUCUCUGAGAAGCAAUCAAUCAAGGAUCAGAAUGAACAUCAACCCCAAUACUAUGCAGAAAGUAGUCCAAGUUCAGAUGUGGAGACCGAAUUGUUCAUUGGACUUCCAGAACAAAGAACAAGACGCCUCUCUUAUCAGGAAGCCUCUCAAGAUUCCACCACAAAGGAAUCCUCUACUCCAGUUUAUACCAUUUGGUUCCAACUCCAUCUGAAACCUGAAAAUGAGUAUGGAGGGAGAGAGAGAUAUGAGGAUGAAGGAAUGUCCAUUGGAGUUAGACCUAAUGAAGAAGUGUCCAUGAAAACUAUCCAAAAUGAGUUAAAUGAUCCAACAUGCCUAAUUGCUAACAAAAACUUCGACAGAUAUGAGUACAGUAAGCUGGUGAUGAGAGAUAAAAUUGAAAGAGAAGAAAAUGGAAAGUACAAAGCGAAGAAGAGUAUUGAAUGGAGGCAGAGGGUUAGCAGAGUGACAGAGAAGUUUGAGAAGCCAAGAAGAAAAAGUACAUUAAAGUUUUCAUGUGUCAGAAGAACUGCAUAA